UUUCUUAAUUUCUCUCUAUAUAUAUAACUAUAAUAUAUAAUCUUAUACCCCCAAUACCAACAAAACACAAUAAUACAUCCUUAGCUACUUAUAACUCCUUUAUAUUUACAACUACUAAAAAAAAAAUAUAUAUAUAUAUAUAUAUAUAGUAGUUUCAAGCUAGUAAGACCAUUUUUUUCUUUUAAAGAUUAUAUAUUGUUAUUAAUUAGAGCAAGAAAUUAAGGAAAUGGGAAGGCCACCAUGUUGUGAUAAACUUGGGGUGAAAAAAGGUCCAUGGACUCCAGAAGAAGAUAUCAUGCUGGUUACUUAUGUUCAACAACAUGGCCCUGGCAAUUGGCGUCAAGUACCUACCAACACUGGACUGAGAAGAUGUAGCAAGAGUUGUAGGUUAAGAUGGACAAAUUAUUUGAGGCCUGGAAUCAAAAGGGGAGAUUUCACUGAAGAUGAGGAGAAAAUGAUUAUUCAGCUUCAAGUGCUCCUUGGCAACAAAUGGGCAGCUAUAGCUUCAUAUCUUCCAGAAAGAACAGAUAAUGAUAUAAAAAACUACUGGAAUACACAUUUGAAAAAGAAGCUAAGAAAGCUUCAAAUGGGGUCAUCAGCUGAUUAUCAAGAUCAACAAAAUACCAAAGAUCAUCGGUUCACUUCUAAUUCAACAUCUUCAACAACAUCUUCUUCUUCACACAGUCUCUCUAGAGGCCAAUGGGAAAAGAGACUUCAAACCGAUAUUCAUUUGGCGAAACAAGCGUUAAAUGAUGCUUUAUCUAUUGAUCACCACAAGCCUAUUUUUCUUCCUGAUCAUCAUCAAACAACAACAAAAGUACCGUAUUCGCCACAAACACCUGCUUACCCUUCUAGCACUGAUAACAUUGCCAAAUUGCUUAAAGGGUUUAUGAAAAACUCUCCUAAUAAUAAAACAAACAAAACAACUUCUAAUUCGAGUACUCGUGAGUACUCGAGUGAUAAUCAUGAAGUAAAUACUAAUAAUAAUAAUAAUAAUUCUCUUAGUGGUGAAAGCAAGACUACUACUUCUAAUUCUGGUGGAAUAGAUUUGUCUCAAGCAUUUGAGUCCCUUUUCGGAUUUGAUAGAUCUUUUGGAUCUCCAAAUAAUUCAGAUUUUUCGCAAUCUAAUACUUCGCCUGAAGGAAGUAUUUUUCAAGGGGAAAGCAAGGAAGAACUUCGAUUUACGAUGUUUGAGAAUUGGUUGCUUGAUGAUAUAACCACCGGUGGUGGUGGUGAAGUUGAUCAAGGAAAAGAAGAUUUAUCUAACUUUUCCUUUGAUGAAAACCCUGAUUUUUUCGAUUAAUUAAUUGAUUCGUGUGUUAGUAGCUAGGUUUUGAUUUUGAAAGUUAUUUGUUAUAAUCAAUCAAAUCUUAAUUGUUUCCUUGAUUUUUUUUUGGGGGAGGUUAAAUUAAUCAUUUGACUUGAGAGAUAUGAUGUAAUUCAAAUUGUUUCAAGUUUGCAAGAAAUUAAUGUAACAAAGAUUACAUCAAUCUUUCUAUAA